CUAACGGCAUCUCUGGCAAAUUUUAAGUUGAAGUGAAGAAAAAAAAACAAAAUUUUAGUCGGUACGGAAUGCAAGCGACGUACAUGAAAAUUGCAAUAUACGUUUUAACGUUUUUAACGUACGCAUAUUCCGGAUAUGGUUCUAAUACGCUUGCACAUUUACGAGACGCCAUUAUAGCGGCAGAAGCUAUAUUCGGUGAUGUGUUCAAGAAUCUUAUAACAGUAGCAAAGAAGUUCCGCACGGUCCAUGAAGUAUUCGAUGCUGCUGUCGAGGAAACAUGCAUUUUCAAAUGUCCAACAGACAAUGGCGGGCAAGAUAUUCGCCCGCUUCAAAAUAAGCUUUAUACGCCUACGGCCGAUGGUUGCGGUUCGUUAGGUUUACGCAUAAGCACCGAAUAUUUACCGGCUGCCGAAAUGGAGGUUUGCUGUAAUGAGCAUGACAUCUGCUACGAUACCUGCAACAGUGACAAAGAACUCUGUGAUUUAGAUUUUAAACGCUGUCUUUACAAGUACUGUGACAGUUACGAGAAAUCAAUUGCCAGCGAUUUAAUGAUUAAAGGAUGUAAAGCCGCAGCCAAAAUGCUUUUUACCGGCACCCUGACGUUAGGUUGUAAAUCAUAUUUAGACUCCCAGCAACGUAGUUGUUAUUGUCCGCCUGCUGGUAAUCGACAAAGGGAUGAUAAAAAUUACCAUAAAAGUUAUCACAGCAAUGGUGAUAAGCACUAUGGUAAGAAUAAAAAACAGAAAUACGGAUGGAAAGAUCCAAAUGAAGUUUAGUAUGUGUGUAGCAAUAACAUCAAAAUAGUAUUCUAUUCUUUAUUGUAUAUGCAUAUGAAAAGAAAGAAAAAAAAAUUCUUUUUCAUCUCAUCAAUUAUAAUUAUCAUUGUAUUAAAAGAAACGGAAUGCGAUAUGUAUUUUAAUCUAAAAGAAAAAAUAAUUAAAAACUUUUUAAACGAAGCGAACCUUUAUAUAUGUAUGCAUAAGCCUAGACAUUUUGUUAAAUAGAUAGAAUAGAGCUUUUAUAGAUAUAUAUAUAUAUAUGAAAAUUGACAUUUAAAACGCAAAAAAGUAUGUACCUGUAUAUAUAUAUAUAUUUUAACGCAUGGCAAACAUGUUCUGCAAAAAGCUGUGGUUACAGGGGUACAGAAGUUGCACAAAGAGCAUUGUGCUGAUUCAUCGACAACAAGUCUAAAAUAAAUAUAAGAUAACAUUAGGUUCAUAAAAAAAUUUAUUUUAUCACAAUUUUAAAGCGCGAUAAACGAUUAGAUGUAAUGUUGUUUAUUAUUCGCAUAUCUUUUAUAUUACUAAUGUAAAUUUUCUAUUUGUAGUCUUUAAGGGCGCUAGAGAUUACUAUAAGAUUUUCAAUGUAUUUCUGUCGUACGAUGGGAACGCUAUAGAGUGCAUAAAGGCAGGAAUAUAUAAGUAGGCGCACGAUUCAUCAUAAGGAGCAGCACGAAGAUUUUUUAGAAUAUUUAUAAAAGAGAUAUGCGAAAAAUGUAUUUAUUUAUAUA